GGAGCCAGAGCCGAGCCCGGCCAUGAUGACGCCAUGGCGCUGUCAAAGUUUUGUUUGUCUUGAUUCUCGAUUCACCGCCUCUCUUCUACUAUGCAUAGUCAUGACAUUGUAUCAAGACGACAGGGGGUUUAGAGUAAGGAGGUUAUCUACGACUGCUCAAAUGCUUGAGUUAUAGUUAGAUCAUGGACGACAACAACGUCGAUGCCAAGGCGCUGGCAACGCUGGGAGUUAGUGUGCACUGGCUUCAGACUGGGUUCAUGGAAGAAGUUCAAGCAGCGGGAUUUGAUGAAUCGGCCACCAUCUACAACAUUGAACCCACGGUGAUUCGAGAAAAGGGCAAGGAUACGACGUGCCCCGUGGAUGGAAGAAUUGGCGCAUCCUAUGCUCAUGCAUUAUUAUUGCGUUGUCUGGAGCAAAAUAAUGAAAAGUCUGUUGUUGUUGGGCCAGCCAAUUUCAUGUUGAGCUAUGGGUGGCGAUACGCCGUCCGAGAUAUUGUGGAAACCCUUGUUGAUUUUUGCCAGUCCAGUAGCCUGGAUCCAAAAGACACCUACAUAUGGAUCUGCUGUCUCUGCAACAAUCAGCACAGAGUCAAAGAGAUUCACGAAAAGGGAGAAAGCGUUCCAUUCGAGAAAUUUAGGGACGUCUUUUACGGUGAAGUCGAGGGUAUUGGGCACAUCCUUGCGUUGAUGGCUCCAUGGCACGAGCCAGUAUACCUAACCAGAAUCUGGUGCAUCUUUGAGCUGUUCUCGGCCGAUUCGCUCGAAACAUGCACUGUUACCAUCUUGAUGCCUCCGAGAGAGAAAGAGGCUCUGAAAGACGACCUGUUUGGAAGCGAAGGGAAGGGUGUAGAAUCUCUCUACAAGGCCCUUGGAAGAACCAGGGUUCAGAAUGCAACAGCCCAUUUCGACGCUGACAGACUCGCCAUUUUGAAAAUGAUUGAAGAUGGAAAAGGUUGCGAUUACCUGAACCACAAAGUAAAUGAUCUGUUGAGAUCUUGGGUUGGAAGUGUGGUGACCUCAUUUGCAGAUUACUGGGACAAGAAACCGAACCACGAAGAGUCUACGGACGCAGCAGAUGCAUUCCACAGCAUUGCACAACUCCUCGAGAACAUUGGGAAGUUCGAUGAUGCUCAGAUGGAAUGUCAGAAAGCAUUGGAAAUCAGGGAACGAAUUCUGGGAACCCACCAUCUUGAUACUGCUACCUCCUAUGAUUGCAUGGGAUCCAUUAUGAAGAAUAAAGGUUGUUUUGAUGCAGCUCUGGUAGAAUGCAGGAAGGCCAUGGAAAUCAGAAGAUCUCUUCAGGGGGAGGAUCAGCUAGCGAUAGCCCAGUCUCACCAAAGUAUUGGACUAAUCCUCAGAUCAAAGGGAGAAUACGAUGCUGCAUUGGAAGAAUUCAACAAUGCACUAACAAUCAGGGAGACAUGUCUGGGAGUGAACCACGCCGAUACUGCUUUGACGUAUGGCGGUAUUGCUUGCAUCUUGGACGACAUGGGGAGCCACGAUGCAGCUCUGACUGAAUACAGAAAGGCGUUGUCAAUUGAAGAAGCGGUGUUUGGUCCAAAUCAUCCCAAAACGGCAAGCACCUACAAUAGCAUUGGAGUUGUACUCUCCAACAAGGGGGACGUUGAAGGCGCCUUGUCGGAGCACCAAAAGGCCUUGUCCAUUAGAGAAGGAGUUCUGGGCUCUGAUCACCCAGAUACAGCUCAAUCUUACAACAACAUUGGGGAAAUUCUCUACUCGAAAGGUGACCAUGAUGGAGCGUUGGUCGAGUUCCGAAAAGCUCUGUCUAUCGAUUCCAUGGCAAAGGGAGCGCAUCACCCAGAUGUAGCCGCUUCGUACAACAACAUUGGCACUAUACUGCAUCAGCAAGGCAACUUUGAUGGAGCAUUGAUCGAGUACCAAAGAGCACUAGCAAUCAAAGAAGUGGUCCUUGGAAGCAACCACCUCGAUAUGGCUGAUGGUUACUACAAUAUCGGAUUGAUUCUGCAACAGCAAAGCAACUUUGAUGGUGCUGUGGUACAUCACCGAAAGGCUCUCGAAAUUCGAUCAUUAGUGCUGGGGGAGAAGCACGAGGAUACGGCCGAGUCCUACCGCAUGAUUGGAUCUAUUCUGUAUAACAUUGGAGACUACCCAGGAGCCCUAUCUGCAUACCGAAACGCAUUGGAAAUCCAAAAGGAAGUGCUGGGAGAGGACCACCCCAAGACACAGAGUUUGUCAAACUAUGUUCCCACUUUGGCAGCCCACUUGGGGACUGUGGCAAAGCAGCAACAAUCGUCUUGAUAUUUGAAGCAUCUGGAGCAAGAAGUGGUGUGUCCAGGGCAUCAAGACUACUGGGGGGGCAUACCCACGAAGGCUGACAAAAGGACAAGGGAUUUCCGUGGGCUUAAAAGGAUUGCUUCCGUCGCCACUGGCGGGCUUUGAAUGACUUGAAUGCUAGCAAAAGGCAACCGUCUCGCACGUCUUCAAAACCGAUUGUGGCCGUGGGGCUACGAAAGAAUCCUGCGGCAGGGAAGACUUGCGAGUCGGCGCAAGAUUGAGCGGCAAUCAACUGCGUACCGGUACUGGCAGCUCUGAUCACGAUCGAUAGCAGCUGUAGAGUAACAGUCGUCGUGUGGCGGAGGAUUGCUGGCUAGUUCGUAGAAUAGAAGUGUAGAUAGGACUGUCACUCUAAUAUUAUCACGCCGAAAGAAUCCACAUUCUUUGACUAACUUUAGGCUUCCUCGUCAU